AUUUGUAAAGACUACGUCUCCCAUAAUCCACUGGUCCUUUCCUCAUUUGUUGUGAAUAUGUAUCAGAAUGUUAAUGAUGUGCUGCUGCUAAAUUUGGUCAAAGAAGUCACCUACAGAGAGCGUGUUGUUAGGGCUUUGCAAGCGUCUUUGUAGAAUGUGUUCUGUCAUGAGGAUUUUUUUUGUUUUGUUUUCCACUUUGUGAUUGUGUACCUGUGGGCAACACUAUAGGAAUAUUUCCGGUCCAUACAAUUGAAAGCAUCGACCCUUAAAAGUCGAGCUAGUGUGGCGAGACUUAAAAAAAAAGGUGUGCUUUUUUGGUCUUGGACGAGACCCGACAGUUUGAAAGGUGGAAACAAACGGAUACCGGGAAGGAAGUGUUUAGUCUGUUUAACAAGGUGCGUUUGCAAUUGCAGGGAAAGGAGCCGCCGAGCUGACCACGGCGGGAGAGGCUAAUGGCUGAAAGCUCUGGCUUGGUGACCCAUCCCAGUUGUUGUGCUUCUCUUUGUGGUCGAAGGCUGGCGGGAGGCUGCACCAGGCACUGACCCGUGUCGAAUACCUGCAGUGGCGGGCGGUUCCUUGAAUCAAAGCUGGAAUGUUGGAAGGGUUUGUCGUCCAGGGAAAGAGAGUGUUUGGGGAGCCGAGAGUAGUAAACUCCAUACGCUCUUCCUCCUCCUCCCUCAUUGUGGAUUCCUAUUGUAUUUGAGAAUUAAUGAAUGAGUACUUAGUGGGAACUUCAAACUAAAGCGGGUGAAUGAUUCGCGAUCUGAGCAAGAUGUACCCCCAAACCAGGCAUCCAGCCGUAAGCACCGCACAGCCAGCUCAACCCUUUAAAUUUACUAUCUCGGAAUCUUGUGAUCGGAUUAAGGAAGAGUUUCAAUUUUUGCAGGCACAGUACCACAGUCUGAAGCUAGAAUGUGAAAAACUGGCCAGUGAGAAGACCGAAAUGCAGCGGCAUUAUGUCAUGUAUUAUGAAAUGUCUUAUGGUCUGAACAUUGAAAUGCAUAAACAGGCAGAAAUUGUCAAGCGUCUGAAUGCCAUUUGUGCACAAGUGAUUCCUUUUCUGUCACAAGAGCAUCAACAACAAGUGGUUCAGGCUGUAGAGCGUGCAAAGCAGGUGACCAUGGCAGAACUGAAUGCCAUUAUUGGGCAGCAGCAGCUACAAGCCCAGCAUUUAUCACAUGGACAUGGACUCCCAGUUCCUCUCACCCCACACCCCUCAGGACUUCAGCCUUCAGCACUCCCUCCUGUUGGCAGCAGUGCAGGCCUUCUUGCUCUCUCCAGUGCACUGAGUGGACAGUCCCACUUGUCUAUCAAAGAUGAAAAGAAACACCAUGAAAGUGAUCAUCAAAGAGACAGGGACUCCAUCAAGAGUUCAUCUGUGUCUCCAUCAGCAAGUUUCAGAGCUGCAGAAAAACACAGGAACUCUACAGAUUACUCCUCAGACAGCAAGAAGCAGAAAACGGAUGAAAAGGAUUUAGCAAAUCGCUAUGAUAGUGAUGGUGAAAAAAGUGAUGACAACUUGGUGGUUGAUGUAUCUAAUGAGGAUCCAUCAUCUCCCAGAGGGAGUCCUGCACACUCACCAAGAGAAAAUGGACUGGACAAAACACGUCUGCUUAAGAAAGAUGCCCCUAUCAGUCCAGCCUCCAUUGCAUCUUCCAGUAGUACCCCAUCUUCCAAAUCCAAAGAACUUGGCCUUAAUGAAAAAUCUACUACCCCGGUGUCGAAAUCCAGCACACCCACUCCUCGGUCUGAUGCUCCAACACCAGGCAGCAACUCUACUCCAGGGCUGAGACCUGUCCCUAGUAAAGCACCAGCAGUGGACUCCUUAGCAUCUGGGUUGAGAGCCCCUAUGGCAGUACCAUGCCCAUAUCCAACUCCUUUUGGGAUUGUGCCACAUGCUGGAAUGAAUGGAGAGCUGACCAGUCCAGGCGCAGCAUAUGCAGGUCUCCAUAAUAUCUCGCCUCAGAUGAGUGCUGCAGCUGCAGCGGCUGCAGCAGCAGCUGCUUACGGCAGGCCUACAUUGCAAGUUGGCUUCGAUCCACAUCAUCACAUGCGAGUGCCUGGGAUCCCUCCUAACCUAACAGGCAUCCCUGGAGGAAAACCGGCUUAUUCAUUCCAUGUGAGUGCAGAAGGCCAGAUGCAGCCUGUUCCAUUCCCUCCUGAUGCACUGAUUGGACCAGGAAUUCCACGUCAUGCACGGCAGAUAAAUACGCUAAGCCAUGGAGAAGUGGUGUGUGCUGUUACCAUCAGCAAUCCCACUAGGCACGUGUACACUGGAGGCAAGGGAUGUGUGAAGGUCUGGGAUAUCAGUCAUCCUGGAAAUAAGAGUCCAGUAUCCCAACUGGAUUGCCUGAACAGAGAUAACUACAUCCGAUCUUGUAAAUUACUCCCUGAUGGCCGCACACUAAUUGUUGGUGGGGAGGCCAGCACGUUAUCCAUUUGGGACCUAGCAGCACCGACUCCACGAAUAAAGGCUGAGCUAACAUCCUCUGCUCCUGCCUGCUAUGCACUAGCGAUCAGUCCUGACUCCAAGGUCUGCUUCUCCUGCUGUAGUGAUGGGAAUAUCGCUGUGUGGGACUUGCACAAUCAGACGCUGGUCAGACAGUUCCAGGGUCACACUGACGGGGCCAGCUGUAUUGACAUUUCAAAUGAUGGAACCAAGCUGUGGACAGGAGGCUUGGACAACACAGUAAGGUCCUGGGAUCUAAGGGAAGGAAGACAGUUACAGCAACAUGAUUUCUCAUCACAGAUCUUUUCUCUAGGGUAUUGUCCAACUGGUGAGUGGUUGGCAGUUGGAAUGGAGAACAGCAAUGUUGAAGUGCUACAUGUUACAAAACCAGACAAGUACCAACUCCACCUCCAUGAGAGCUGUGUGCUUUCCCUCAAAUUUGCUCAUUGCGGCAAAUGGUUUGUGAGCACUGGAAAAGAUAACUUGCUGAAUGCGUGGAGAACCCCAUAUGGAGCCAGCAUAUUCCAGUCUAAGGAGUCGUCAUCAGUGCUUAGCUGUGAUAUUUCUGUGGAUGAUAAGUACAUUGUCACUGGUUCUGGAGACAAGAAAGCUACUGUUUAUGAAGUCAUUUAUUAGUGACAAAGUCUGAAUGCAAGGACAUAUUCACUCAAAGCACUUUGUUGUUUGAUCUUCAAACUGUCUUAUAUUGGGAGAAAAAGGACACAAAGAUAUUCAAGUACUGUUUGGUCAUUUUAGCCAAACGUGCUGUCAAGUUGUUAAUAUUCUUUAAGACCUUGUGAUACCAAAUCUUUAAAUAUGUGCAUCUCUCCAGAUGAAAAUGGAGCUCACUCGGUCCUGAAGUGAGAAAGAUUAACUCUGUACAGUAGUUGCUACCUAUUUAUUUUAAAAGAAGAUUUUUUACAAAAAUAAAAAGCCCAAACAAAAUAUAGAGAGCCUCAUGCCACAGCUGUGACUAAAAAGAUGGAAACUGUUGACCCAUUACUAAUGCAGUAUACUUACAGAACUGUGGUGAACUAGGGCAGCGUUGCAUGAGAAAUGCCUCAAAGAUGGAAUUCAGCAUGAAUCUGAAAUUGAGUAGAAGUGGACAGUAUUGAAUUGUUUGCCAACACCUCUUUGGAGAUUGGAACUACCAGUUAUGUGUUUUGAAAGCACACAAAUGAGUAUAUUUUACUGUGAUUGGAAGAACAUGACUUUGUUGCAGCUGUUUUAUUCCUAUUUCUUGCUGCGUUUCGCACCAGAUGGACUGCAGUGUCUGCCACUUUCGUCACUACUUUAUCCCAUCCUAUUAACAAGGGUCUUUGUAUUGAUUAUGUUGAAAUCCAAGUCUGUGGAUCUGCUGAUGUACAGUGCCUUUGCUGCUAUGGAUAAGAACUGUGUAGAUACCUGUAUUGUACAAGUAGAGAUUUUACUUCAUUUCAUACCAGAGAUGGUUUCACAAAGUAAACUGAGAUGGACUGCUUUAUUGGAGUUCCAAAUGUGGUAGUAAAACUUUGUCUUAAGUG